GUUUGUUGAGAAAGCAGCCAAUCAGACCCUGGGGAUCAUGGUUGAGAACGAGCCGCUAUGUCCAGGUGCGGAAGUGUGCGGCCAAACUCCUCCUGUCCUUGAUGGGGAAAAUUGGAGUCACGAAGCUCGCAGACACACCCAGGGCUGAGACCCUGGCGCAGGUGGCAGGGAAGCUUGCUCAGGACUGUCACAAGGACACAAGGCAUUGUGGACAGGAGAUGGUGAAGAUGAUGCUAAGUCAUCCAAAAUUUAAAAGGCUUUUGGAGAAAUCUGUUUCUACCCGUGACCUGGAAGAUAUUCUGACAAGAAUUAAGAAGAAAGAGAUGGAAAGCCAGAAGGGUGAAGGCCCAUCAGUCAAGAUGCCGGUGAAGAAGAGCAGCGAUUCCUCGAAGAAGCCCCAGGCCACAUUGCCUUCUAGUAAACGGGUGAAGUCUACCUCUGAGGGACGCCUCCUCCACCGUGCAAAAGCCCAGGUCACGUUACCUCCAUCUGUGGAAGAAACGGAGCCGCUCCAGAAGCUUUACGAUCUCCUGGAAGCCAAGGGGUUUCAGACACGGCUGGAAGGACUGGCAUUCCUUCUCGAGCUGUGCCAAACUCGCCCCCAGCUCAUCUCCACUAACAUUGUCCAAGUAUGUAGGGUAUCUUCAUUGUUCCUUUCCUUUAGCUCCUUCCCCAAGCCUGGAGCAGUGAAGUUCAUUCUGUGUGUCUUGGCACUACAUCCUGGCAGUUUGGGCCAGGCUGGUCCCUCUUACACAGACAAAUUUCAUUCAGAUCCAGGCUUCAGAACAAGUUCUUUCAGUCCAGCUGUAUUUGUUGGGCAGGUGCCUAUUGAUGCUGUUCAUCAGAUGAUGACAGAGUUUGCUGCUGCUGUAGCUGAUGCUCUCUCCUGCUCCCAGCUGGGUUAAGUGAAGGGAAUAGCA